GGCGCGAGUGCUGUUUUACGUAAUUGGUGUAACACAUUUUUAGUGAAUUUUUAUGUAUUUAUUGAAAAUCUAUCGCCGAUCAUUGUGUGAUUUCUAAAUGACACUUUUGUUUUAUCGAUUAAACAUUGUGGCGCAUUCGACGAAUUUGAAUUCGGAGAAAUUUGAUCGAAAAACGGAGAUAGUGGACGAAAUCGAAUUGUGCCAUAGAUAAGCGAAUAUCGCGAAUGAACGGUUAGGCUGUUAUUUUUCGUCGUUUCUUUAGUAUUAUUUUUCAUCGAGCUCAGUGCACUUCGCAAUGAAUUAUGUACGAGAUAGCAAAAUGAAGUUAUAUCUCAGGCAGCUCUUGACAGUUCUGGCACCACUGUUGGGAGUCACCACGUCCGGCAUGGGAGUAGGCUACACUGCGAUUCUAUUUCCGCAGUUGAAGGCAUUAUCAUUCAAUAGCAGCGAAUCUUCAUCGGAAUCCGCGGAUCAUUUCGGAGCGCUCACCAUCGACCAAGAAUCGUGGAUCGCGGCGGCCGGCGUUCUGCUAGUGACCCCGGGAUGCUGGAUCGGUGGUUUCAUGGCGGAAAAAUUCGGCAGAAAGACAUCAUUGGCGCUGCUGUUUCCCGUCUAUCACGUCAGCUGGCUGAUCAUCGGUCUCGCGAGCAACGUGGAGGCGUUGAUGGCGGGUAGACUUCUCAAUGGAUUCUGCGUCGGAGUUCAGGCGUCGAUUUUUCCGAUCUACGUGGGCGAGACGAGCGAUCCCGUGCUGCGUGGCGUUCUGUUGGGGGCGGUCAGUCUGACCCUCUCCGUCGGUAUACUGGUAUGUCACGCGAUGGGAACCUGGCUGCACUGGCGGACCACCGCGUACAUUUGCGCCGCGCUGCCCGUAAUCAGUUGGAUCAUCGGCAUCUUCUCGCGGGAGAGCCCGAUGUGGCUGCUGGGCAAAGGCAGGAUCGAGCAGGCGCGGAGCGCCUGGAUAUUCCUGCGCGGUGAACGCUCGCUCGAGGAGUUUUCUUUGCUGGAGAACACGAGACUUGCCGAGAUCUCUGUGAAGAAGACCGGGAGGCGGUCGAUGCUGCGUUCGCUGAGAAAAACUUGGUCCUCGCGAUAUUUCGCGAGGCCUCUCGUUAUCGUCUCCGUAUACUUCGUCGUCAUGCAGUUUGCGGGCGCGAACGUGAUGGCUUUCUACUGCGUCGACAUGUUGACGGAGAUUUUGGACUCGACGUACGCGUAUCUGAUAACGCUAAUAAUCGACGCGAUCCGUUUGGCGGGCGGCAUUCUCGCCUGCGUUCUUUUGAAAACGUGUCGCAGACGCGUCAUGACGUUCACGUCGGGCUACGGCGUAGCCGUCGUCAUGUUGUCACUGAGCGCGUGUUUGACGUUUAAUAUCGGCAAACCCUGGAUUCCGGCAGUUCUGCUCGUUACUUACGUUGGUCUACUGCCGCUGGGACUGAUUCCCGUCGCCUGGCUGCUUUGCGGUGAGCUGUUCUCGAGGAAGUUCCGCGGGCUUGGCUCCGGAUUAACAUCCGGCUUGAACUUUAUCUGCAUGUUCGUGGUGAUCAAGACGACGCCGGCUAUGAUGGAGUUCAUAAAGCCCGAAGGUACAUUCGCCGUUUACGGAUCCGUGGCAUUAAUCGGGACUAGCGUAUUAUACUUCGUCCUUCCUGAGACCAUGAACAAGACUCUGCAGGAGAUUCAAGCGUUCUUCGACAAAGAACCUCGCAUGUCGGGAAUGGAAAAUGUGGCUAUUCCGUUGCGGGAUUACGGUCCUUCCGAGAAAAGCGAGAAAUUGGAAAAAGAAUUGCAAGGCGACGUUUGACGAAUAAUAAAUUAUUUCAUCUACAGAUGGACAGAGAUGUACUUUUUUAUAUACAUAAGUUGUGAUAGUUCGUGUUUUUAUGAGAACAGAGUUAUGAGUUUGUAAAACUUUUUGUGUCACAUCUCAAGUUUCUUUUUACUUCGUUGUUUUCGAAAGAUUAAUAUAAUUUGUGAAACACUGAACUCUAGACAAACUGGAAAGCGUCGUGCUAAAAUGUGAUCAGACAAAGAGAGCAUUCGGAUUGUUUUGUCUCUUUCUGUUGUAGAUUCUCUUUACCGAUUGUGAACUCUGUACAUGUAUAUACUCAUGUAUAAUCUAUACAUAUGUAUAUAAAAACAGAGGCUUUCAAUAAGUCUGCGGAGAAAAGAGACAAAAUAAUUCCACCGCCUCUCUUUGUCUGACCACUCGCUUACGCUACGCUUUCCAGUUUGUAUAGAGUUCAGUGACUUGUAAGUUUAAAAUUAAAUAUGGAGAUUACUGUUUUGUUUGCGGUGAAGAUGCGUUUGACGAUGCGGACGCGGCACCACAAGUGAUUUCAUAUUGCUAAAAGUGACAAUAUAACGCGUCCUUUGAUCGAAUAUAUUUUGGACGUGCCAUAAAAUUAACCGAUGCAUUGAAAUAAUGACUUUGCGGCCGCAUCGGGGCGAUGCGACGAGAGCAAUAGAAAUUUAACUGCAAACCUUGCCAACACGACGGACCGUAAAAUUGCGUUCUCACGUGAUUAUUGCUUGGACCACUUACCGCAGUUGAUGGAAAUUACGGUUCGUCUCGGCGUUCGCGUGACGUUUCGCAGACCGCGCAAUGACUUAGGCACGUACGUAAGUGAAAUAUGCCGGUGGUGCUGCCAAGAUUAUUAAAAUGCGAGGAAUUCUGAUUUAUCGCCCUUCGUCGAGAUUUCGAAGUGAAGCUCAAGAUUGUUUCCGGUUGCCAGUUUGAUGAAUGAGCCAAUUUUUGCGCGGAAAUUUGUACCCACAGAUAUUAAAAUAGAAAUAACACGUCGGUUUUAACUCACAUUGUUUCUUUAUAUCACUCAAAACAUAAAUCACAUUAACAGCCAAUCAAAUUCAGCAAUGACAAGUUCUAUUUUUGUCGUUUUAUAUCGCACUAAACUUUACUUUAUGUCGCUUGUUACUUUACAGUAAUUUGCGGAGCUUUAAGAGGUUAUCUUUUCUUUUAUUUUAAUCGGGAAGCACCAAAAGCGAAAGCUAUAAAGAAUCAUGCUAAACUCCAACGGUUUUCCUCUUUUUAAUUUCAUCCUCAAUCUUAACUCACUAUCCUUCUCUCUUCAACCGCGCUGUUGUUCGGCCUGCCUCGUGCUGAUUAUCGCGAGCACGCGAAGCAGUCAUUACAUACGAAAUCUUGCUUCUUUUUGCUAUAGUCAUUUUCGAUCAGUCAGUACUCUUCGCCCCUCACGAAACUCAAUUCACGUCGAAAUAUCGGCCGAAAACGUCGCGAUGGCAAAUUACCGUUUAUAUACAGCGAUCUUGUCUAUUGUUUAUCUUUAACAAUUU